AUGACCAACUCAAUCCUCUUCUUCUCCUUUGUUUGGUUUCUCCCUUUUGUCUGUUCAGUUCACUUUAACAUCUCUCGUUUCGGCUCAGAUAACUCUCAAGUAGUCUACCAAGGAGAUGCAAGAGCAAACGGCGCUGUUGAGCUCACCAACAUUGACUGGACUUGCCGUUCCGGUUGGGUUACUUAUGGUAAGAAGAUUCCUCUAUGGGAUCCUGCGAUCGGUCAGCCUUCGGAUUUCACCACCCGCUUCUCCUUCAGAAUCGACACAAGGGGUGUUGCGUUCAGUAACUAUGGUCAUGGCUUCGCUUUCUUCCUAGCUCCAGCCGGAAUCGAAAUGCCUCCAAACUCAGCUGGUGGUUUCUUGGGUCUGUUCAACGAAACCAACGUCCUAUCUUCUUCUUACCCACUCGUCCACGUCGAGUUCGACACGUAUGCUAAUCAGGACUGGGAUCCUCCCGUUUCUCAUGUGGGAAUCAACAACAACUCUCUUGCGUCUGCUAACUUUACUUCAUGGAACGCUUCCACACACAGCCGAGACAUAGGCCGUGUGCUGAUCGUUUAUGAUUCCGGUACAAGAAACUUGAGCGUCUCUUGGACUUACGACACAACAUCCGAUCCUAAGGAGAACUCGAGCCUUUCUUACAUCAUUGAUCUUUCGAAGGUGCUGCCAUCAGAAGUCACUAUUGGGUUCUCUGCUUCAUCUGGUGGGUCCACUGAAGGGAAUAGACUCAUGUCAUGGGAGUACAGUUCAAGCCUUGAGCUAAGAGAUGACAAGAAAGUUCAAAAAGACAGGAAAGGGUUGAUCAUUGGUGUUUCAGCUUCUGGUUUUGUCUUGCUGACUUUUCUCAUUGUCUCGUUCAUCGUCUUCUUGAAACGGAAGCAGAAGAAGAAGAGAGCAGAGGAGAGAACAAACUUAACAUCUAUAAACGAAGAUCUCGAAAGAGGAGCAGGACCAAGGAAGUUUACUUAUAAAGAUCUCGCAACAGCUGCUAACAGUUUCUCAAGUGAUAGAAAGCUAGGAAGAGUUGAGCCUGAGACAAGCCUUGUGGAGAAAGUGUGGGAUAUGUAUGGGAAAGGAGAAGUUAUUAAAGUUGUUGAUGAGAAGCUUGGGGUUGAUGGUUUUGAUGAGAAGCAAGCAGAGUGUCUUAUGGUUGUAGGGUUGUGGUGUGCUCAUCCUGAUAGAAACUCGAGGCCUUCUAUAAAACAAGCGAUUCAGGUUUUGAGUUUUGAAGCGCCGUUGCCUCAUCUUACGAGCAAAAUGCCUGUUGCUAGUUAUAAUGUGACGUCUUCGAGUGAUGGAACAUCGGUUAGCUAUGGUGGAGCUGGGACUGCGACGUUUUCGAGUGUUCAACUUGGUCGUUGA